AUGGCGUCGAUUUCAGCCUUUGGCUAUCUUCCUCCGUCUCCGCCUCAAUCCACAUCGCUCACCGGAGCUUCCUCCACCACCAGAUGCCGGACUACUGUGUCUGCUCGCUUAGCCGACCAAACAGAUGACUUGUCUCCUCUUCGCUCUUCUGGUGGGAAUUGUGGUUGUGUUCAUAGUGCUGGAGAGUUUGAUCGCAGAAAAUUGUUGGUUUCUUCUGUUGGAUUGUUGAUUGGAGCAUUAGCAUACGAUUCUAAAGAUGGAGGAGAUGUUGCAUUAGCUUCCCAAUUCGCUGAUAUGCCAGCGAUUAGAGGGAAAGAUUACGGCAAAACGAAAAUGAAGUAUCCAGAUUAUACAGAAACACAAUCUGGUCUUCAGUAUAAGGAUUUGCGAGUAGGAACUGGGCCUAAACCAAAGAAGGGAGAAAAAGUUGUGGUUGACUGGGAUGGUUACACAAUAGGUUACUAUGGCCGCAUAUUUGAAGCUCGCAAUAGAACAAAAGGAGGUUCUUUUGAGGGGGAUGAAAAGUCAUUCUUUAAAUUUACCUUGGGAUCCCAUGAGGUGAUACCUGCUUUUGAGGAGGCUGUCUCUGGGAUGGCUAUUGGUGGUAUCAGAAGGAUUGUUGUACCGCCAGAAAUCGGAUACCCGGAAAACGACUACAACAAGAGUGGGCCGAGGCCAACAACUUUCUCUGGACAACGUGCAUUAGAUUUUGUGCUGAGGAACCAAGGGCUUAUAGACAAGACACUUCUCUUUGAUGUUGAACUCAUCAAGAUCGUACCAAACUGA